AUGAACGGCUCGACCUCGUUUUAUCACAACGCUCGUUCACAGAGCUCACCGAUCUCAAGGGACGGAACCAAAAAUAACAACAGAGAUGAGUGGGAGGACUGGACCGACGAUGAGCCAUAUUCAGCGGUCGGGGUAGCUGACCUGCUGUUGGCACUCGACAAUGGCGAGAAUCCAGCCCCUUUGUCUACCGCUAGACCAAAGCACAAAGGCGCCAUGUCUCGCAAAUCCAGCUUUCUCUUGCCAGAUUCGACUUAUUCAGUGCAGAAGCCAACACGACUAAAGUCAAGGGCGAGGCAAAAGGCCCAAAACACCAAGGCUGGAAUCAAAGUCGUCACGGACAUGACCAAAUUUCGCACUAAGCAGCAACAACAAAACCAAAAACUAUCAGCUGAGGCCGAGUUGAGAAAAGGACAAUUUGCCGACCUCGCCGCACUGCAGGCUCUCGAGGGUGAUCAAAAUCAAUCUUCUGUUGGUAGCUGGCACUGGCUCAAGAAGAUGCAAAGCAAAAACGGCGCACCAAAGUCUCGAAUGGAUCAACUCAGAGCCGAGUCGAGCCCUACUCAAGACUUGUCACCGAGCGACCGCCCCAUCUUAAUUGGUCUCUCGUUUCCUCCUAAUCAAACCAACAUCAAAAAUUCUGCCUCUGGUGGCAGCGCUAUGGACCAUCCAUACAAUUGUCCGCCGCAAGCGCAGAAAUCCGUGUGGUCCCCUGAUACUCCGAGCUCUGCGGGUUCCCAGUUCCAAAACAACAGAUCUCGAGUAGCUUCUAGCAUGUACUCGCAGCCCGGUAACGGUGUCUAUGACUUGUCAAACGUACCGCCCGUACCUGCAGUACCUGUUGGGUACAAUGACAAGUCCAAGGUCAACCUGAUUGACAUCGAUGAUGACGACGAUAACUUCACCCCGGUGACUUUGUUCGAAGAGGACGGUAGCCCAUGCUUAUCGCGCAAACCCACCGCAAAAUCCAUCAAGCCCAAUACCAGAUCUCCCGUCACCACUGGCAACACAAGAUCGGGGUGGUGGGACCAUCUCCGAACGCCGUUCUUGGAACAGUCCAGCACGAAUCCUUUUGCGAGAUCUGAAUCUAAACCUGCGACACCAACUCAUCAACCAGAACCCGAGACGACUCGAGAUGAGUGGUGGGUUGUACAAGAUAAGAAAAGUGGCGGCCGCAAGCAGCCAGCUACCGCUACUGCAAUGAGCCCUUCCUCGUCAGCCGCCAACGAUGGCAGCACUCAGUCCGCGACUGUUGCUUCGUUCCAGAGUCCAUCCUCAUCGGCUGCAAAUGACGGCAGCAUGCAGAGUGUAUGGUCCCCCCAAGCUGCCAAAUUGAUAAGUCCAUCCUCGUCCGUCGCCAACGACGGCAGUACUCAGUCCGCAACGGUUGCCUCGUCCCAGAGCCCAUCCUCAUCUGCUGCAAAUGAUGGCAGCACACAGGGUGUGUGGUCUCCACACAUUGCUACAGUAAUGAACCCAUACUCAGCGGCCACCAAUAACGGCAGCGCACAAAGUGUAUGGUCCCCGCAGGCUUCCACGCUGAUAAGCCCAUCCUCAUCCGCCGCCAACGAUGGCAGCAUGCAAAGUGCCGCGACUUUAACCCCUGCUUCAUCCCUGGGGCCAGCUCCUGUAGCCCAAGCCACCAGAGCUCCUGCUCGCACAGGUCAGUCUCACGCUGAAAAGGGUAGGAUCCUCGCGGAGGAGAACGAAGCGCCGACCGAGCAGCCGCCACCUUACUCACCACCUGAGAGAAAAGGUCCCGUCCGCUACAUGGCCGUCUUCCCGCCAGGUCACGCACUUGCGGUGCCUCGCGUUCCCGACUCUCCUGGUCCUAUCUCUCCAGGCCUGGCAAACACCAUGACAUCUCAAGGUGCCAUCAACAUGACUGAAGUGCCCCUUACUCCACCUGCGAAUCAAACAAUUGCACCUCGCACCACGGUGCCCCUCCCAGACCGUCUGCCGGGUACCUACACGACGGGCGACCAGUUUCUCGCCAAUGCCGGCAAUUCUCCUGCGGCACGCAACGAGCGUCAGCGUCGCCGACAUGAGAAGGAAGAGGUUGUUGCACGCAAGGCUGGUGGCUUCUGGCGUGGUCGUGGCUGCAUUCCGGCUAAUGGCUGCUUUGGACGUACUGGACGCGAGGGCCGCAAGCGACGUCGGGUCUGCCUCGGUGUGUGCGGUGGCGCCAUUGCCGUGAUCAUCCUCAUCGUCGUUCUAGUUGUUGUGCUGCUGCGCAAAAGCACUGGGGCCGCCGCUGAACAAUCUAUUUGGCUCAACCUGACCAGCUUUCCGCCGACCCCAACGGGUGUAAUGACGGUAGUCGCACCUGACAACUCCCAGGAUAUUACAACAUGUGUGCAGCCUGCUACCCUAUGGAGUUGUGCACUGCCCAAGGAGCAGCAGGAGGCCAACAAGCCAUACGCGCCUGAGCAACCCGGGUUUGUCAUUCAGAUCCAGUUUGACAACAGCACACAGCAGUACUGGAACAUACCGGAUGGCCAGGUUCCUGUCAUCAAGCCACUCGGAGACACCAAAACAGCAAGGGAGGAUCCCUCAGGCGGCAACAAGAGGUUAUCGAGUCGUGCAACUGCCAGCGUUCUGUCACUUCUUCGACGCGAUGAGUCAAACCCCAACUUCACUCCCAAUCCACCAAUGCCCAGGUUCGAGGAGAUGUGGUUCCUAGGCAACUGGACAGAUGGCAUUCAGUCUCCUCGCAAAGCCGGCGAGGCUACUCCUUUCUACAUCAGCAUGCUCCCAUCCGCCAACGCAACGGCCGGGCCAAACAUGCUUGGCAGGCGCCAGUCUAAUGACGCGUCUCGAAAGAACCAGACCAACUUGACUCCAGACCUCGCAAGCCUGGUGCCCUUCCCGGACGUGAACCCGGAUGGCACCGCAAAGCCCGCGCAGCUCUUCCCGCACCCACGCCAGCAGCAACUGCGGCUGUUCGAUCGCGGCCUCGACACGGAACACUUUGGAUUCUACACAUACUUCAACAAGACGAUAUUUGUGCGAUCCAAGGAGGCGCUGGACAACGCCACCUCGCAGUUGGGCGACGUGCCCGUCGAUCGUAACGGAGGAGCCUCUCGCUCAGAGGCUCGCUAUGUUGCCGUCUGGGCAUACACGCGGCUACACGUGCAGAUCUGGACGCGGCGGUCCGGCACUGCCAGGCUACUGGGCCGCGACGGCCGCAACGUCCAGGGCCUCUCGGAAAAGGAGACACUGGAGCUGCGGAGGCCCGGGACGUUUCCAUACCCUAUUACGAUCAGCGAAGACACGCACGGCGGCGACCCGAACAAAAAGGGCACUUACACGUUCGAGCUGGACGACCGGGGCAGGCCACAGCGGGACAACGACAAGAUCUUCCUUCACCUGAAUCACAUGGACACUACGACGGCGCUGAUCAACCCUAGAGGGAAGAACUUUAACCCUAGCUUCGGGGGCAUCGACGGCGGGACCGGAGGUUGCAAGUGCGCGUGGUCCAACUUUGUUGGGACGAGUGGUAAUAUUUUCUAA